CGUCCGGCCGCCGUCAACCGCAGAGCACUCGCCUUGUUAUACACCCAUGUGACAGGUGGUACGACGUGUAUGCGAAUUCCGUUUUGUUUAUUAUUAUUAAAAAAACCAAAAAAAAAAACAAUAGAACGACGUCUUGCGAAUAUAUUUUGAUAACGUUUACUUUUUUUUUUUUGAUAAUUCUGAUUUCCAAGACAUUUCGCGGUCACCACCGGGGCACGGGUUCGACGCCGUUACCGUACCGUAACAAUAGUCAUAGACGAGUACGUCACAGGCAAACCAUGAUAACCGACGUGGAGUAAAACAGUUCAAACGACCAUGUUGCAGCAGCGAUGACCUUGCACGAAUCUGUCGCCGACGAAAAGGCGUCGCCGACAAAGAUCACAGCCUACCGGAGAGCGAUCGACCACUUGGAGAACGACCGGAAAUGGCAGUCGGACAUGGCGGUGGGCAAGAGAAUAGGCCUGUACAAGCUGAGCGGCGAACUCGGCAAAGGCAAUUUCUCGCAAGUGAAAACCGGAUACCACGAGUUGACCAAAGAACGAGUGGCGGUAAAAAUCCUGGACAAAACCAAAUUGACGGCGAAAGCGAAGAAAAUGUUAUCCCGCGAAAUCUCCGUUAUGGAAUCAAUCCACCAUCAAAAUGUUAUUCGAUUGUUCGAAGUGAUCGAAACGUACACCAAGUACUAUUUGGUCAUGGAACACGCGGCCGCCGGAGAGUUGUUCAAAAGACUGAUCUCCGAGGGAAGAAUGCACGAAUCAGAGGCCAAAACGAUUUUUGCUCAGCUCGUCCUGGCCGUAAAACACUUGCAUGAUCGGAGUAUCGUCCACCGAGACAUUAAAGCGGAAAAUGUGUUUUUGAGUUCCAGAGGCGUCGCAAAACUAGGAGACUUCGGUUUUAGUAUCACCGUUUCGAGCGAUGAGAAAUUGGAGACGUUUUGUGGAUCUCCGCCUUACGCGGCACCAGAAUUGUUCCUAGACCAACGUUAUGUGGGUCGUCCGGUAGACGUGUGGUCGUUAGGAGUACUGUUGUAUUUUAUGACUACAGCUACAAUGCCAUUCCUAGGGGACAACAUGGCCAGCCUCCGGCAGUCCAUAUUGGCGGGAAGAAUGACCACCCCCGCGUGGAUGUCGCAGCCAUUACGAUUGCUCAUAGAAUCUAUGCUUAACACGUCGUCGGACGGCCGCAUCAAGGUCGACCAAGUGCUCAAGUCCGAAUGGCUGAAGGAAGCGUCGGCGUACCAGAACCGGUUCAACAACAAUUCGGUGUACGGCCACUGGUGCGCCUACCCGACGGCGGAUUGCUCGGAAGCCACCGACACCGAGCUGAACGCCAGGCGGGCCCUGGAAGCGCUGGGCAUCGGCAAGGCCAUGCUGGACGAACACGGUCCCAGGGGAUCCAGGAGCAACGUCGUGGCCACCUACAGGAUAGCCGUGCACAGGCUGUUGCAGCAGCGCCGGCUCAUGGUGCAAACACCGGCCGCGCCCGUUGCCAAACCGUUGAAGAAGACCAAAUCCAGAUUGUGCGCCAUAACGUAGGCAAAGGCGAGACACGGACGUUCCCUCGGGAACGGCGCAUCAUCAUCACCACCGUGUUUCCGGUUUCCAAGGAUCGAGCGAGUGAAACGGAUUUCUUGUACAAUAAAAUAACCAAUGCCGCCGGGCCCUACCGCAUGAUAAGGUCCUGCGAACCACAUCUUCUCACUUACGGGUGUCACUGUUUUACGAAAGCCCUAAAUCGUUUUUAUAUCGUACGUGUUAACUAUAUAUAUAUAUAUGUUAUGUAAUUGUGUAAGCGUUAAUAUACUCAUUAGAUUUAUCGAAAGCUAUCUCAAACUCGCCUGUUAUUAUUACAGUGUACCUACAAUGUUUCUCUAGCUCUGUUGUUAUUAUAGCUGUUUUCUAAAUAUUACCAAACUAUUAUUGUGUAACUGUUAUGUUUAUUUUUAAGCCUUGUGAUUUUUUUUUUUCGUGCGUGACUGUAAAUGUUAAACUUUUUAUGAAGUUAUAAAUAGAGCUUGGGUUUUACAAGCGAGUAUUAAGCGUAACUUGAUUUUUUUUUUUUUAUUGAAGCGCAACCCCCCCCCCAAAA